AUGCCGGCCCCGUCUGAUCUCGCCAUCGCCACAAAGGCCGUCGAGCGCCUCGUCAAAGAGGAGGCCUUCUACCGCGCCGAGCUCGCCAAGCAGCAGGAACGCGUCCGGCAGCUGGCGGCCGAAAUUGCGGCCGCCAAAGACCCGUCUACUCUGGACGGCAAUGCCGAGUUUGUCCUGAAGCAGGAGAGCCGCGCCGUCGACGAGACCAAGGCUGUCUUUGCGCCGCUCAAACAGCGCACGGCCGAGGCCGUCUCGACGCUCGAACAACAGAUUGCCAUCCGCGAGGCCGAUGCGGCCGACGCACAGACCGACGGUGCCGCUGCGGACGACGAGCUCGACAAGGCGCGGGCCGUUCUGCGGACGGGCCAGACGGCCGUAGCCAAGGAGAUUUAG